AUGCGCUGGCUUCACGCAGCCCUUCUGCUUCCUGUGGCUGUUUCUGCUACCUUGAACCUGAAACAGUACAAACCAUCAUUCUCGCAACAGCAGUUCCCGAGUCCGGAGGAAGAUAGCCCCCAUCAUGUCGUGAACAAGAUACAGAAGGAACCAAAGUUCCUGACCAAUCAGACUCGGAAGUUCGUGGUCAACGGCACUGCGUUACCUGAAGUCGACUUUGAUGUUGGCGAGUCGUACGCGGGACUGCUCAACAUCGACAAGAACAAUGAUACGGCCGGGAAGCUGUACUUUUGGUUCUUCCCAUCCUCGAGAGAAGUGGCGGACAAAGAGAUUCUGAUCUGGUUGACUGGAGGUCCCGGGUGCUCUUCAACCGGGGAGCUUCUUUCGCUGAAUGGUCCCAUGCUCUGGCAACCCGGCAUGUACAAGCCCAUCAAAAACAAGUGGAGUUGGCAUCGAAUUACCAACGUCGUUUGGAUAGAUCAGCCUGUCGGUACGGGCUUUUCCCAGGGCACGCCAAAUGCGAAGGACGAAUUCGACGUCGCUCGACAAUUCCUCGGCUUCUGGCGCAACUUUGUUGACACCUUCGCCAUGCAGGGGUACAAGGUCUACGUGACGGGCUCCUCUUACAGCGGCAUGUACUGCCCGUACAUCGCCAGCGCCAUGCUCGACAGUAACAACAAGGAAUACUUCGAUGUCGCUGGGAUGCAAGUCUUUGACGGAGUGUACUCGGUCGACAGUGUUACCGAAGAGAUCCCGGUGGCUUCAUAUGUCGAUCGGUGGCAGGAUGUGUUCGCGUUCAACGACUCUUUCCGUCAGACGGUGAAGGAUGCGAGCCAGAAAUGCGGCUACGACGACUAUAUGCGCAAGUACCUCGUCUAUCCGCCCACAGAGCUGCAGCCGGGGAUGCCUCCGGGUGUCGAUGAGGAUGGCAACGUCAAGCCGGGGUGCGACGUUUGGAGCAUGGUUCAGGCGGCCGCAACGGAGAUCACGCCCUGUUUCAGCGUUUACACCAUCACCAACCUGUGCCCGCUCAAGUACGACCCCCUAGGCUUCAGCGACGGCUCGAUGUACAGAGCGAAGGGGUCCGGGCCCGUGUAUUUCAACAGGGAGGACGUGAAGCGGGCCAUUAACGCCCCCGUGGAUAAAGAAUGGGUGUUUUGCACAGAGACGCCCGUCUUCAUCAACCAGACCGACAACUCCAUCAAAGAAGGGCCCGGUAGCCAGCCUGUGCUGCCCAACGUCAUCGACAGGACGCACAACGUCAUUCUGGCCCACGGCACCAAGGAUUUUAUCCUCAUCGACGACGGCACGCUUCUUACAAUCCAGAACCUGACUUGGGGCGGACAAAUGGGAUUCCAAACGAAGCCGACGGCGCCGCUUUAUGUGCCCUACCACAACAACAACAACCCAGAGACCCUUGCCGGCGCAGGCGUGAUGGGAACAGUGCAUUCCGAGAGAGGGUUGACUUACCUUGCGGUAUCUACAUCGGGUCACUUCCUGGCAAUGGAUGCGCCAUCCGUCGCGUUCCGCAGUGUCGAAGUGCUGGUCGGAAGGAGAGACGGAUUCACUAACAAGCCGUUCACUUUUGAGGGUAACGCAACCGCAGCGAUGCCGAUAGGAGAUGUCGGAAACGGUACCGUGGUGAUGUUUCCACAGUCCGUGGAUUCCCGGUGCAAUCCGCUGUCGGGCGCCGAGCCGAUAAGAAGCGACGGAACGCCAGGACGGGCGAAGAGUGGCCAGUCGGUCUUUGCGUUGGCUUUGGCGGCUACCCUAGCCGUAGCUUUGGACUUGUGA